AUGAAAUUGCUUUGGCAGCAGUUUGCCCGUCGCUUCUACUCCAGCGAAUCAGCAGUGGCCAGAAAAUGGAUUUACGCGAAAACGUUCAAAGGUGAGCCGUCGCACGCGAACUUCCGGCUUGAAACGGAACCAUUGCCAACCGCUUUGCGGCAAGGUGAAUUUCUCGCGCAAGCCGAAUACCUUUCGGUGGAUCCGUACAUGCGCCCGUACAUGCUCGCCUACCCGGAGGGUUCGCUAAUGAUCGGCGGACAGAUAGCGCGGGUGACGCAAAGCGCGAACGAACAGUUCCCCGUGGGUGCAAACAUUUUUGGCCAGUUUGGAUGGCGCACGCAUACGGUGUGUGAUCCGGACGCGCUGGAGAAAGAUAAACCGUACGUGCUGCCAGACUUUGGACCGUUGCCCCGAAGCCUCGGUCUGGGCAUACUCGGUAUGCCGGGCAAUACGGCUUACUUUGGGCUGCGCGAACUGUGCCAACCGAGGGCGGGCGAAACUAUUGUGGUGAGUGGUGCGGCAGGCGCCGUUGGCAGUGUGGUAGGCCAGAUUGGGAAAAAUCUCGGCUGCCGUGUGAUCGGCAUUGCCGGUUCGGAUGCUAAAUGUCAAUGGUUGGAGAAGGAUCUCGGCUUCGACGGUACGAUCAACUACAAGCGGAACAAUGUGUACGCCGAGCUGAAAACCGUCGCACCGAAGGGUGUCGACUGUUACUUUGAUAAUGUCGGCGGCGACAUAACGGAGACGGUGCUGAAGCAGAUGAACGUGUACGGUCGGAUUGCGGUGUGUGGCGCUAUUUCCAACUACAACAGUGCGGUCGGUAAGGUGGCCGAUCCGCAGCGUCAGUUCGUGUUCAAACAGUUGCGCAUGGAAGGGUUCCUCGUGUGGCGCUGGAACGACCGCUGGAUGGAAGGGAUCGAGGCGAAUUUGCAAUCGAUAAGGGAGGGACGCCUUGCGUACGAGGAAACCAUCACCGAGGGGUUCGACAAGAUGCCAGAUGCUUUUAUUGAUAUGUUGCGCGGUGGCAAUACCGGUAAGGCAGUAGUAAAGGUUUAA